CCAACUGAGCGAAAGGCGCGAGGGUGACCACGGAGUUGACUUCGAGCCACAGGUUUCGACGGGACACCCCUUCACGAAAGGACCCGAACGUCGAAAGCGAGUGCGCGCGCCCGUGCACGCCUCCCCUCGACGCACUAGUGCGCGGAACAAGUGAAGUACGCGUCGCGGAACUUUUUUUCUCCUCACUGUCGGCGCUGUUCGCUCGAGUCGAGAGUCCCUGGGCCGGGCCACAGAGCAGAAGGGAGCGCCGAAAACACUCCAGGCAGUUAGCGCGGCACUCAACUGAAGCCGUGGUUCAUCGUCUUCGGCAGCUAGGCCGAGCAAGCGGAAAGCUUCGAGAACAGAAUAAUUAUCCGACACACACAGUCGCAGUCGUGCGCUCUCGCUGCUCGCUCUCUUUUCCAAUCUCGCAACUUUUCGAAGAAAAGCGACUAGCAGGCCGCUUUUCUUUGGGGAGGUUACGCGGUUAAGGCUUCGUGCAUUGGCGGUGAGCUCUCGCAACGCGAAAAGGAGGAGUCUCUGGGCGCAACAGGCCACGGCUAUCGGGCACACGCGGUGCAGGAAUCGUCAACUCAAGCCACCGCUGGGACAUCCGGAGAUCACGUCAGAACCAGCCAUGCUGAGAGCGAGGAGCGUCACCCUCGGCUACUCCCAAUUCGUACUGGUGUUGGGUGUAACGCUACUGCUCGCAGCAUCCGCAGCCGGUGCGUCGUCCGAGUACAACCCGGAGGUGGCCGUGGAAGAGGUGGGCCGCCUGUUCAACCUGCUCUUCCCGCUGGUACUGCCCGACAAGAUGCCCUACUCGUGGCCUCGGGGGACAGCCGCCGCCUCGUCGGUGGACGCCUCAGACGCGGCGCUGGCCCAGGUGGCGGCCGGAGGAGGGUACGGCGGACAGCGGCGGAACCCCGACGACCCCGCAUCGCGCGCCUCGUCGCUCAACCUUCCAAAGCGGGGCGAGUCCGAGUGUCUGAGCCGCUGCAUGAGCCAGCGCAAGCUGCACCCCAUCCAGUGCCUCAACAUAUGCUGAGCCCCCAGCGGCGGCGGCGCCCACGCAAGCCGCGUCCGGGGCUCUCUUUACAUCUCA